UUUCAGGAAGCUCUUCUAAAACGAUUGGGAGAAGGAGCCCAUCCUUUUACACUAACUUUAACAUCACAAGCGCCACCUAGUGUGCAGCUAGUACCAGCAAAGCGUUACUACGGAGCUCCUAUAGGUACCAGCUAUGAUGUGCGCUGCUUUAUAGCCGACAAAACCGAUGAAAAAUUCCAUCGUCGUGCCUCCGUGAAAAUGGGCGUUCGUGUCAUUUAUCGCACAGAUGUUUUUCAUCAUGGCCUGAAUGGUCCAGAGAAUUUUGCUGCACUUAUAAAUAAUCCAGUCUCUUCGCCGCCUAUUACCUUGGCAUGUACAAAUACUAAUACUACUACUACACCACCGAUAUGUACACACACUACGGACUCUAAAGUAGCAUCCCCUCAAACCAAUGAGCAAAAUGAAGCACCUAAUACAGAAACUGCAACUGGUGGUAGUGAUGCCUCGAGACCUGCUGGUAAAUCUGUGCGGAAAUCCGAACGUGGUGAUUCCUUUCCUAAGCUGCGUUUAUCACCGAAAUCGUUUCGCUUUAGUGGUCGUUUUGGACGCAGUAAAAGUGAAGUGGAUAAAUGUUCAAGUGAAGCAUUCUAUAAUUAUAGUAAAUCGUUUCAAGAGUAUGAUAAUGUUUGUCCCAUUGCCUGUGCUGGUCCCCAGGGUGCUGUGGAUAAACCGUUUCUCUUGCAGGAUGGUCGUGUAGGAUUAAAGGCAAGUUUAGACAAAGCCUGGUACACGCAUGGCGAAGAUGUUUGUGUUUCCAUUAAUAUUCGUAAUGACAGCAAGAAGACAGUGAGGAAAAUAAGG